AUGGAGACAGCCUGUGCGACCUGCACAGGCUUACAGCAGCAUCUCGAAAAGCCCCACCAAGACCACGAGUCAGAACCGCCCAACUGUGUGCGUUGGGUGAAUACCACCUUGCCACACCUGCGAGCCUCUUCUGGAGGUUGCCGCAGCUGCGCGCUGCUUCUGCAAGGGAUCUUGUUGCACCAUGGGCGAUUCGCGAGCAUCAAAGAGGAUCGGAUCAGAGUUACCGCCGAAACCUUGCAUUCGACAACGAACGCUUCACAAGACCAUCUGUCUGUCGAACUGCAAUGGAAUAGCCACGAAGACGAUUGUGACGAGAUGAGUGACCAUGAGCACGAGGAAUGCUAUCCAGAUUUGAAAUUGGAGUUUUUCACAGAUCAAGAUGGCCAAUCAUCCUUCUCUGCCAUUGGUCGCGGGCGCCAUAUCAUUCAAAAUCCGCUCCAGGAUACUGGCAUCAAAACAGUAAACAACAUGAUACGCCAAUGCAAGGGGAACCACUCGUUGUGUAGAGACAGCAACCCCGACUUCACACCUCACAGACUACUGGAUCUUUCGGUGGCGGACCCAUCCAAGGGCAUCUGCUUACGCGAGUCAGGAGACGAUGCAAAUGCCGAACAAGCUGCUCACGAAUAUUUCGCGCUUUCUUACCGCUGGGGCAUAGGGAGGGGAAUGCCGCAAACAACAUCAAAGACACUAAAGGCAUACAAGAAAAACAUCGCAUGGGACACACUCCCCAGGGCUUUCCAAGAGGCUGUUUUGCUCACCAAGUCUCUCGGCGUUCGCUUCCUCUGGAUCGAUUCGCUUUGUAUUGUGCAAGAUGAUCCUUCUGACAGACUCCGCGCAUCCCUCGAACUAAACGAUACCUACGGUAAUGCAUCUUUAACAAUCGCUUCGACGUCCGCGGUAGAACCCACCAAGGGCUUAUUUGCACCCAAGAUGGAGACUUUCAAGGUCCAAGUAAAUGACAGCAAAGGAUCACUAUCCAAAGUCUACGUUCGAGAACAGCCAUCACAUUAUAGCUUCAAAAAAGCUUCUGACGCGGGGUUGCCCAUGAACAACUGGGAACUUCUGUCCGAUGCAUCAAGGGAAGCAAACGCACGCACGCCGCUGUUGUUACGGGCUUGGGCAUAUGCCGAGAGACUGCUCUCAUCACGGGUGCUCCACUUUACAGACAGUGAAAUGUUAUUGGAGUGUCGGGAGGCAUUUCAGUGUGAAUGUGGCAGGAUCGAUGAUGCGGUGUUCGACCCGAGGAAGACCGAUACAGUCAAGCAAGACUUUGCGCAAUGUGCAGCCUUGAGCGACACGAACGGACACAGACGCAUGGACAGUGUCGUUUCCCAACUCGCUGCCACAAGUCUGUCAGACGGAACAGACGAUCUGUCUACGGCAUUGGCAAACCCCCUGGAACUAUGGAGCUACAUAGUGACUGAGUACACAUCCAGAAAUAUUACCUAUGACACAGAUCGAUUGAUGGCUAUCGCCGGUGUUGCGAAGACCCUAUCAAGAGCUAUCAGCACGGGCUACAUUGCCGGUCACUGGAUGAGUAGCACACUAGGUUUGCUGUGGUACCCGAACGAAGGUGCCCAGUGUCGUCGACCCAAACAAGUAGCUGGCCGCUACGUUCCGAGCUGGUCUUGGGCCUCCGUCGAAGGUUCACCGAUCUUCUUCGACAACUCUUCGGCCAUGGACUUGGCUUGUUCCGCUUCAUUCUCGAUCAACGGUUCUCAGAACAUCUUCUCGCCUUUCAGUGGAGAUGCCGUCGAGCUUAGAGCUGCCAUGGCAACGGAGGUCGUUUUCAAGGAAGACGCACCCGGCGAAUACUCGCUCUCUCGCAAUGGUAUCAGCGUAGAAUUCCAGCCCGAUAUCGUACCUCUCCGUGGAGAAGAUACGAUUAAGUCUGGCGAAACCCUCGUGUGCGUCCUGGUCAGCAUGUCCUUUCGAACUUCGAUCCUUGGUCUGAUCCUUAGAAAAUCGCGUACCAAAGCACCAACUUACAGGCGCAUCGGUCGAUUCGAAUGUUACGAGUGUUUGCAAGAUCGUAGCGAUGAAGAGCCGGAGGAUGCAGAGGCGUUGUUCGAGCACUGGUUUCCCGACGUGGACGAUAUGACCCAGCUGGAUGAACGGCCUCGCCACGUCUUCAAAAUUGUCUGA